UUUGUUUUCUUUCCCGGGUAACGGUCGUCACCCCAGGGGGGGUCGGACGGGGUACUAACGGCGGCAACGGCGGCCUCGGCGCGCACCCGCAGGGUGCGGCCGCGCCUCUGGCGCAUCAAUCGCCUGUGUGCGCCACACCAUGUAGGGGAGAGUCCAGGCCAUCCCCCCAGUACGAUCAAGGUGCAAGAGCUGAAGCCAACAUGGGGACGCAAGCGCGCACAGAUCCAAUAGCUCGCACAAGCGGAUGACAUCAGCAGGGCCGGGCCUCAGGUCUUCGGUCAAACGCAAGUCUUGCAGUGCGCAGCCAGCAGGGAAGGACAACAUUCCGUCGAUGAACCACCGAGUGAUGAGCUGUCGGGCGCUUUGGCUCUGGCCCCUCGUCUGGGAGCCCGCACUGGCCCACACCGCCCCCGCUGGAGCCCUCGGAGCCCCCAGCCUGGUAUAUACAAAGCAGAGGCCAUCGCAGCGCCGAAUCACAGCUUCGAAACGAGGGCUGCCCGCCACAUCCCAUCCCAGCGUAGGGCAGCGCGGACCCGCGCGGCGGAGCCCAGCGCAGCGCGGCCCAGCGCAGCGCAAGGCGGAGCCCUGGCAACUCAGCGCCACGGUGGACCCGCGGGGUCAAGUCAGGACCGAUCCCUCCACUGGCUGGUCCGCCUCAGGGCGGCGAGAUUCUCCACAUCCAAUGCUUCUGGCCAGGCCCGUCCUGGGCCCAGGAGCGGUGUAUACGGCCAGGAAGGCAUAUACACAGCUCUGGGCCCAGGAUGGACCUGGCCAGGCGCUUCGGACAUCCCUGAGAUCCGACGUCGUGGAAAAAAUGCAACAUCGCGAAAAAUCACCACCGCAGCCCCAGACCCCAUCUUUCUGCGACACCUCUCGAGCCAGCUCGCUCCGUGAGCGUCCCGCGGGACAAAGCUGGCGAAGACGCCAAGACUGAGGCGCCAGGAGCUCAGGCAGGUAUCGAACAGUUCUCGCCGCCCGACGCCAGGUCCCAGACCCCCGACGUCAUGAUCUGCUCAGAGCGUCUGCGCCCAAAGGACUGGACCUGUUCCCCAGGACCGGUGUCUCAUCCUGAGCCGUUUUUCUGGACGGGCCCGCGGCCCGGCGAGGGCCCCGAGGGGCCGAAGAUCGUGAAAAACCUCCGGUCGUGACCUUUGCCCCGACGCGAGGGCGCCUGGGGACCCCGCCCGCGCCAGACCUGCCGAGCGCAGCGCCGCCGCAGCCGCGCCCGCCGCCGGCCUUCUCGGCCUCCGGGCCGCUCAGCGCGGCCCCGGUCCGCCGGCCUCGGGCUGCAGCCCCUGGGCCAGCAGACUGCUGCCCUUGCCGGGGUGGUAGGCUCGAGCCGGGCGGCCGCGCGG